GGGAGCGCAUUGACUGUCAUAAUGACUUGGCCGGCAAUGGUAUAGUCUGCACACCGACGAGUGGCCUGGCCAUUCCGUUGUGUGUGUGUGUGUGUGAGUGUGUGUCUGUCAGCCGCUCGAUGGCCACCGCACACAGAGAGUGACGAUCAACACUCACUGUGUAAGGUGUCCAUCAGUGAGCACACAGUCAGCACAGCGACACACGAAUAUCACAUCACAGCAGCACCAAACCCGACACCACGGAAAGAAAUGAAAGACGCCCAAAAAACUGAGUCAGUCGAAAAUUAACGACGGCAGGCAACGUGUGUAGCGAGUGCUCUACUGACUGCCGGUCAGUCAGUCGACGGAGCUCAGACCGGCUGCUGCUGCCGGGCCCUGCCGCAGCCGCAGCCGCAAAGUCUCUGCGACAACUGGGGCCGCUCCCAUCACCACUGCUUGUAUCAUCCUCGGCUCUGGUGGUGACAGGGGCGCGUCCGUGUCGUCAUUGACGCCACGGGGAGGCAUCCGGUCAUCUAAACGAUCAGACAGCACGAGUGAGUCGACCAUGAGCCACAGACAUACAGGCCAGUCAUGGCAGGCUUUUACCUGCAGCAGCCGUGACUGCUGGGCAAGACCGACUCCGGCAAAGCGAUGACCUUGGCGGAAGAGGGAGGUCCACCUGCACAGUUUUUGUCACCUGCUGCGCUGCUUCCGGACGGGAGGUCACUUCCGCAGCUGCCGGAUGGGCGGUCACUUCUGGAGCUGAAAGUAAGUAGAGCAACGAAAGCCCCACGUGUGCACAUCCCUCUCUCUCUGUCUGUGUGUGUUGUGUGUCGUCCUUGCGCACCCGUCUGAUUCGCCCGAGUGAAUUCCUAGAUGACGUACUCCGCCCUGAAGAGCAUCUCCUGGCACUCUUGCAAGCGGCCGCGGAGGAAUUCGUGGUCCUCUGACCAGAAGUUGUAUCCUAUCUGUUGAACCCCGUUGUCCGGAUUCUUCUCCAAGCGGACGCGGGAUUUCUCCUCGUAUACCGCAACUCUGGCAAGCUCCUGCUCCAGGUGUGGGAUAUCCUCUCUGAGCCGCUUGGCCGACUCUGUGGCCUCCUGCAGCGUGCUCCACUUGAAGCUUGCUCUCCACUCCCACCUGUCAAGGUCUCCGAUGAGUCCCGUGUGAAUGAGCAGUGGCAGCCAGAGAUGGCGAUGCAGCCACUUCAUUCAUUCAGCAGGUCGUCGGUCGACGGGCAUUUGCACACACACAGACACAAGGGAGAGAUGUGAUGGCUACACAGAUGCAGGCAACAGACAGGCCGCAGUGCUCACCCUCCUUCCUUCGGCAAACAGACAGACGAUGACCACACCGAUGACACACAGACAACACAGCCACUUGAGCAAGUCAACCAUCAUCUGACAGACAGACAGGCACACACAGACAAACAGACAAACAGACAAACAGACAAACAGACAAACAGACAAACAGGCACAGGACGUGUACGUGUGAAUCUGAUGCAACCGUGUGAUUCAGUGCUGCCUGUUUCCUCCUACACACCUCUGCUGGCAAGUAGCUUCAGAGAUCACACCAAUUGGAUCACACCUUCACGGGAUGAAUCAGCGCGCGAGGAAACGGCGGGCGGCGAAGGCAAUGAGCACAACAAGGGCCAGAGGGGCUGUCGAAGCCCUCCGGGAAGAAACGGG